AUGAGCCUUGGUUCAGACUUUCAGGCCUACGCUCAGUUUGCAGGAGCUCCUCUCAAACUGCGGAAGAUCUCCAAUCCCUGGAGGAGUCCCAGCGGAUCACUUCCUGCUCUGAGGACCAAUCGGACAGAGACUCUGUCCAGGCCCUCUGACAUCAUCAUCCACCUAAGAAAACAGAAAUAUAAUGCCGACUAUGAUUUGUCAGCGAAGGAGGGAGCAGACAGCCUGGCCUUCAUCUCUCUGCUGGAGGAGAAACUCAAACCUGCCCUGAUCUACACCUUCUGGGUGGAGCCGAAGAACUACGUGGACGUGACUCGCCGCUGGUACGCGGAGCACCUUCCCUUCCCGCUGAACUUCUUCCUGCCCGGGCGCAUGCAGCGGCGCCGGCUGGAGACGCUGCAGCUGCUGCGAGGAGACCAGAGCCUGGAGGCUGGGGACGAGCUGGAGAAGGAGACUGAUGAGCUUCAGUUUCCCCGACAGGCUGGAACACACUACCCAGCAUGCUCUCUGCCUCCACACUGCAGUGAGGAACACAUUACCCAUAGGCCUGUCCUCGACUAA